AUGCUUCUCCACUGGGCUGCCGUGCCAUGUCUCUUGCUCCCGUUGGCUGCUCACGCGCAUCUCUCUGCUACCUGUUCUUCCAGUGCAAGACAUCUUCGCCUGAACUUGACGGGACUUAUGACCCUUGCAAGAAGGGGCUUCGGGCAGCGGGAUCUGGACAUUGAUGGCGCGAACUAUUUGGCCUACCUGGCCAAGGAGGCCUUUGACCAUCGGAGUCACCUGCUCCCACACGCCUGUCCCUGUGCCGUGGCCGUGGCUUGUGCAUGGCGAUAUGCUCAAUUUGCACGGGGUCUUGAGGGUGAUUUGGCUCAGCAUGAUCUCGCGGCGGUCUAUCAUCAUAUGCUUCAGCAGGAAAAGGUACUGAAGCAGGCGGUUCCAGCUUGUCCACUCGUCGAAAUCCGCUGGUGGCCGGUACAGAAGGCUUUGCAGAUGCACACGGCCAUCGUGCAGCGUCUCCUCCGUCUGGCGAAGGAGAUAGAACAGUGGGCCGAUUCGUGGAGGCAGGAGCCCACUAUCACAGAUGAACAGCAUGAGGCUGCGCUAGCCGAUGUGUCGGCUGUAUUUGAGUCCAUUGGUCUUGAAUGGUGGCCGACUCGUGGGACACUCAUCUCUUUGCUGCGGCACGGAAAGCGGAGCGGGCUGCUGUCGAAAGGCAAAGUCGAUGUGGUGGAUCAUGAUGUCGAUGUCAUGCUUGCUUUGCCGUCCCGCCAAGACUGGCCCGUGAUCCGCGACUCUGUGGUGAGGAGGAUGGCGGAACGAGGCUGGCACAGUUGCCUAGAGUGGUAUUCAACGAGCGCAACCAAGCAGUCCUACAAAGCGGUGACAGACCAUCUUGCAUACGGAGAUGUCUUGAUGUGCAGCAGAAAGAAUCCUGAUGUGUCCCUCGACAUAGCUACAUACGUCACGGAGGGCUCGAUUGUGUACGCACAGAAAUACUGUUUGCCACACAACCUGGGCUCAGGAUGCUGGCUUCCCCACGAGGGAACCUUCCACCAGAGCCGUGGAAAGCUGCGCGCGGCUGCCAUCCGCCCACUGGGCCGCUGCAAAGCGGGCGCGAUUUCGGUGCCCUGUCCCCGGAGGCCACUCGAAGCACUCAAAGCGUCACUGCCGAGUACGGCCAACGUUACCUGCAUAGCGCUUCCGGACGUUGCGCAGCGACUGCAGCGAGAUCGCUGGCAGAGUGACAAGGACGAAUGGCUAUCCGACGGACUGACGCAAGAGGACGUGGACAUCUUGCGAUCUCGUGCGCUGGAGUUGGACAGACAAGGCUACAUGUCCAUGACUCCGUACAUCAGUGACUGCUGGGUGCCGGAAAAAGGCGCUGCUGAUUUGAGAGAGUGA